UUUGGAAGCAAUAUGUAUGUUGUUUCCUAAUGCAGAAACAAGACACUGUGUUAGACACCUACAUUCCAAUUUCAAGAAUGUUGGUUUCCGAACAAAGGAGUUGAAAGAUUUGCUUUGGAAAGCUGCCAAAGCAAGCACUACAAGGGAGUUCGAUAAUGCCAUGGAUGAACUGAGAAAAAUCAAUCAGCAUGCUUAUGACUGGUUAAAGAAGAAGAACCCUACUCACUGGUUAAGGUCUCACUUCUCAAUUAGGAGCCAUUCUGACAUGUUGGUGAAUAAUCUAUCUGAAUCAUUUAACAAGAUGAUACUGGAAGCAAGAUGUAAACCUAUUCUGACCAUGAUAAAAACAAUAAGGACCAAGAUUAUGUUACUUAUUGUCAAGAAGAAAGAAGAAGCUGACAAAUGGAAAGGAAUUUUGUGUCCAAAGAUCAAGAAAAAACUGGAUGUAAAUAUAAAAGAUUCAUUAAGGUAAAGAUUGUUUCUAAUGUCUAUAUUCUGACUUAAUGUUGCUGAUCACAUGCACUGAUUUUUGGAAAGCUAUUGACUUUUUUUAAUACGUAUGCAAUGAUUGUUGGAAA